AUUGUAUCUUGAGUAAAUCAAAAGUAUAGUAUACCUUGAUAUUAUAUAUGUGUGUGUAUAUAGUAUACUCAAAAUUAUCCAGAUACUUCGUCGGACCUAUCUUAUCUCGCCUAUUACUCAUAUUAAAAGUGCUACUUGCUUAUCCCCCAGCCCCGGGUUAGAGAUCCCGUUUUUACCCCCAUAAUGUCAGACAACCAUUGGGGUUGUCUAUCGUUCGAUAUGUAAUAUAUAAAGAGGCAAAUCCUAAGAUCCUGCUAUUUAUUUCAUAUCCCCUCCCGCCGCUCCCUUUAUGGAGAAUAAAAGGGUAGGGAUGACAGGAUCAUAGCUCGAUAUGGUUUUAUUCUAUUCAUCAUAUCGGAGAUUUUGUUCUUUUUUGCUUUUUUGGGCUUCUUUUCAUUCUUCAUUGGCACCUAUGGUUGUGAUCAGAGGUAAUUAGCCCUCGAAAGGGAUUGAGAUUUUAGGUUCCUUGGAAAUUUAAUACACAUUCAUCAUCCUCGAGUUCGGACGAACUCUCGACAAAUGUUGUAAAGAUUAGGACUUUUUAGUGAGAAAUUCUUAGUAAAGAUACUUCAUUAUUGGAUCAAUUUAUUCAUCCAUAUUGAAACUUGACAUACACCGUAGCCCUCAUGAUGAUUAAAUUCUCUAAUCUCAACUCAUUUCCAUUUUGGAUAUUAGUUUUUUUUAUCAAGACACUUAAAUUUAGUAUAUUAUACUAUAUGUAUCAAUUGUUAAUUUUUAAAGUUUAGACUAAACCUCAACCCGUGAUCAUUGUUUAUAUGUUGGCUUAGAAUCUCAAUCUAAGACACUCACACACACUCUAUCGAGGAUUUUGGUCCAAACAUGGUUGUUGAAUGUGUAGUUUUCAAAGAUUUUAUCACUUAUAUAUUAAUAGUUGAUAAAGAGUGUCUACAAUACACACAUAUUUCAAGUGCAUUUAAAAUGUCUUAUCAUUUGAACAAUAUCGGUUGAUUUCAUUUGAUUAUUUGUAUUAACUUAUUAUCUUAUACAACAUAUAUCAAUUCGUGAUUCUCGAGUUUCGAUGAACUGGCAACCAAUUUUGAGAGUUGAGAUUAUUGGAUAAAGAUACUUGAUUGCUAGAUAAAUAUGUUUAUCGUAGAUUCUAACAAAUAUAUCUCUAACCUUCACAUAUGUUAUUUUUCAAGGAAUCUUGUGUCUCAUCCUAGGGUAUGAAGUCAAAGUUCGUCAAUAAUCGGACUUUUGUCAUUUUGAAAAUUUUGAUUUAUAAUCGUCGAAGAUAUAUAACUCCAAGUCUGAAAGAAAAUUUCUUAGCAUACCCCCUAGGUUCUUAAUAGAGCUUGCUAAAUCAACAUAAUAUAGAGCAAAUAUUAUUAAUGUGAACUUAUGAGAUAUUAUAAAAUUAUUGCACAAGUGAUUCCUCUUCAUUUGAAGAGUUUAAGGUAGAACAUGAUCUGAAUGAAUAAGAAGUUUUUUUUUUAAUAAAUAACUAUUACUACUCGAUCAAGAUUAUACUCUAACAUUUUGCUAAAUAAUACUUGUUUUAUUUUAUAGACAUAUAUUUUACGAAUAAGAGAGUGUUUCGUUGCAAUAAAAUAUAAAGUAAUAUAGUUUAUUUUUCAAUGGUAAUUGAAUGUCAAAUGUUUAUUUUCUCUUUUUUACAUAUAUUCUAUUUAAUCGAUAAAAUAUUAUUAUUUAUGGGGAGCGGAUAUGGUGAUUACUAUUUUGUAGUAAUCACCAUGGUUACUAAGGGCAAAUUGGGUAUGAGGAAAAAAUUAUAUUAAUUAAAUUUUUUUAAAAAUUACAUUUUAGAAAGUUACAAAAUCUAUUAAUUACGAUUCUCUGUCUCUUUCUUUCACUUGCGCAAUCUCUAGCCAGAUCUACCUUCUUUAUUUUUCUCAAUCUUUCUGCAAAAUAAAAAAAUCGCUACCAAUCCAUUCGACAACCACUAGCACUUCAAAAAAUACCAGUACCAUUAUAGAAAAAAAUCAAUACUAAAUCAUAAAAACGCUAUCACUACCACAACAUAUACCACUUAUUAACCAAUAUUAUUGCAGAUUUAACUAAUACCAAUACAUAAACAACCACUCAAGAUACAAUAUGGAGAAUUAAAGGUUAUUUUUGUAUUUUCCCUUGUUUUCUUAAUCGACUCAUAUCUUUUUCGUUUUAACUCAGAUUUCAAUAUUUUUUGCACAGAUGGAACGAGCUAAAUGUGCUCUACAAAACGAGAUCUAUUUUCAAUAUUUUUUUAGAACAAAAAAUUCUUGCCUCUCGUUACCAACUGCAUACCAUAUGGUAUCUUCUUCAUUUUUAAUUCGUUUUUGAAAAUUCUUGCACAGAAGGAACGAGUUCAUCAUGAUCUAUUGGAUCUACAAAUUUCUAGAUGAACAAAAAUAUAGGACCAAAAAAUACCACUCAAUAGCACCCUAGUACGGGGGUGGUAUCUUGUGAUACACAAUGUUAAAAGUCGUAAAUGACAGUUAAUAUACUUCUACUAUCAUGUAUUCAACCAUCCUAUAGUCUUGGUUUGUUCAUAACACCAUGAUACGUUUUUCAAAGCAUAGGUAUGCGCUUAUUUCAAUACCAGUCAAUACCAUAUGGUAUAGACUGGUAAAAAAUGGCUCAACUUUUUUUUGUUCCAAAAAUAUAUCAAAGUGGAAAUCAUUUUGAAGAGCAAAAUUAAUCUGGUCUAAUUGUGAAAAAAAUUAAAUUUCGACUUAAAACGAGUGAGAAAUCGUCCGUUAAAGAUUAUAAGGGAAAAUUAAAAGUUUUUCAGGAGAGAGAAGGGGCCCAAAUAUGACGGAUGGUAAUUGGGUUAUGGAUGAUUAUUGACAAAAAGGUUAUUGACGGGAUCUACUCCGUUGUCACCCCUCAUUUAGAUUGUUAUCAACUUAUCAUCUAUAUUUUCUCUUAAAAAAGAGUUGACCGUGUAGAUAAUGAAACAUAUUUUAAAUUUAGUUGGUAGUAAUAUUUUAAAUUUUUAUUACAAUGUGUACAUGAGAGCACAUCAUAAUAUUGUUGUUAAUGAAAAAUAAAAUUUGUGUUAAGGAGUUUGUUUUCAUGUUAUACGAACUUUAUUGGUGAAAUAUUGAUUACGAUUUUUAAUGCUAAAAUAUUGCUAAUAAGUCACCUUUUAAUUAAAAUGUAAACAUAUGCCCUGGCUUACAUUAAUUAGCAUUUCUUGUCUAUGAAUAAUUAUUAUAUUUUUUCGCUCCAGGUUAAAGGUUAGGUAUUUGAAAAUAGAGUUUAAACAUUCCAUCCCACGUGCCCUUUGGACGCCGGCGUGUUAGAUGCGUUGGGAAUCAUACGGCAACGAUAUGGAUCUACUAUCGGAACUCGCCAACGAUCAAACUCUUCUAGUGGUCCAAAAAAAGAAGGAAGAAAAGGAAUCCUACCGCCGGCGAUGGGAACCUUCUUUGUCGCUAUAAAAACGUCAUGCAGAUGCUUUCAUCAAUGGAAAAUCAGAUAAUAUCAACUAACCACCACCACCACCAAUAUCCAUAUUCAUAUUCUCGUUCGGUAUGGCGGGUUGCUACAUUAUCUUCUCCAAACCGUUGCUGAUGGUGGCGCUGCUCGUUGUGGGACACUUGGGCGGCGGAUCAAGCCAUGACUAUUGCGGCAAAAUUCGGCCAAAGGAUGACAAACAUUUCCCUGUGUACGUUGAUGAUGUCCUUCAGGAUCUUGUUGUGCAGACGCCGCAGCAAAACGCAGACGCCAAUAGCGGCGAGACCACGUACAUCUCAAUAAGGCCGGCAGGUAGCGCUGCAGGCAGCCAGGCGGCCAACGGUACAGCGACUUGUUACAGAGGCUACAUCGGAAAUAAGUGCGGGACUUGUCUUGCCAAAGUGCAAGGGUAUAUUAGUCCAUGCAGGAAAUUUACAACCGGCUACGCUUACUACUACAACAAGUGCUCCAUAGGUUUCUCGCAACUCUAAAUUAAAUCAGCGUGGCUGCUUAUUGGAAUAAUUCAGCUGAUCUCCUAUGGACAGAUCGAAUCUGCUUUUUACUGUAUUUCUCAGUUAAUUAAUUACAAGUUAAGUUUGCACUUUGCUUUCCUCUUGAAUUCAAUAAAACUUCACUUUUGUAUUAACUACUAGCUAGCUAGCUAGGACGUUUUAGCUAAUAGUUAGGUCUGCUCCAGUAACUAAAUCCCUGCCCUUUAGGUAGGUGGGUAGUUUCACUUAAAUCUCUGCCUCGUAUAUUGAUCAUUAACAUUUAAAUUUGGAAGAAUCGGCAUCACUACAUUUUCACUAACUAACAAAUCAAUCAUUUCAUUACUCUUCUUUUGUUUUAAGUGCAAAUUAAUCGUCUGCCUGUACCAUAGGGCACUCAAAUUCUAUAUGAAGAAAAUCAUGAGCACUUUUACUAUACUUUAAUUGUAUCAUAAAGGAAUUUUACAAAAAAGUAUAGGUAGAACUUAAAGUCGUACCUUAACGUUAAAGGUACAACUUCAUUGAUCGAAUUUUUUGAUCAAAAUUCUGGUGCCGGCGGAGACCAACCCUUCGUCGGUGGAUACUAAGAGAAACCGUUUGUACACCUGGAAGGGGAAGGGUCGUUUCACUUUACCUGGCAACUCAUUCAAAGCAGCCAAAAUUACUACCUAGUGCGACGGGCGGAGUUCUGGGAGCGUCCCCUCGGCUUCUGUUUCGGAUCCCAUGCAAUCUUCAACGUCCACUUUUAGGGUUUCUGCUCAUAAACAAUGGGUACAGAAGAAGGACCAAUUUGGAAUAAAAGCUCACGGAGUCAUAAUGGGCCUGAGGCCCGCGGUAUAAGUAAGGCUGGAUUUGAUAGACCUUAAAGUUGUACCUUUAAGUUAAAGGUACAACUUCAAAUUGUACCAUAAACACAAAAAUUAAAGCACCACUGCUUUAAAGCAUUGUAAAUUUCUCCGAAAAUCAUGUGUUUUUAAAGACAAACUUAAUCAACGACAACCAUGCUCGACUCAAACCCUGCCAACAGACCCACGCAACGCAGCCUGCAUUGAUCAUCAUGUUUUGAAAUGGGAUUUAUUGGGGAUGUUAAAUCCUAUCAAAUGAGGGGUUAUUAGUUAUCACGUUACUAUUUUACCAAUACCAUGUGUCCCUAGAACAAAGGCUCUCUGUCUACUUCAUGUAAAGUUUACUAGGAAUGGCAAUGAGACGAGUUUCUCUAAACCAUCUCAUUCUUACCUUCAUUUCUGAAUAGCCAAAUCCAUACCCACCAAAUAUCUAUACGUGGAGGUUUUGCAACCCCUCCUUCACAACCAUAGUUUUAUGUACCCGUUCAUGGGUAAUACCCAUCAUGUAUAUCAAAUAUACAUAUUACUGUACCUAGAAUUAAACGUGUAGAUCAUCAAUUAUAACACUAAAUAAACCUAAUAAAUCUUA